AUGAGCACCGCUGCUAUUCUUUCAGACUUUAACGGUUUCGAAUGGGACGGAGCGCCUUUUUCCUCCGAAUCGGCGUUCAAUAAUAUUCUGAGCCAGUUCGAGCAGGAUCCUCUCCUCCUCGAUCCCUUGUACCAGGCACCUGCUCAUCAUCUUCGGCCAAUCUCACCUGUCCCCAACAUACCCCUCACCCACCUGUCAUCAAGCCCCUCUUCAGGUGAGCUGCUCAAGAAAGGAAAAGGGUCCUCUCGUAUCUCCAAUAACUGUAUUGGGAAUGAUGACCUACAUGUACAGAGCGGAGAGGGCAUGCAGUCUAAGCAUUCCAUCAAACAACUCGAUUCGACCUGGGCCGAUAUGAACCAGGCAAAGGUCCUGCCGCCAGUACUUACUGCGGGACUCUUGGAGCGACGGGACUCAACAAUGAGCAAUGAAGAGAGCCCUUUGGGCUUGGAAAAACCUGCCACCCAAGUCAUGAUGCGCUCGGCAUCACACAGGCCAAAGAAGGUCAGCAAGAAACCAGCACUUCCUGCGCAUGUCGUACAAGCUAGGGAGUGCCAUAACAAUGUUGAGAAACAGUACCGCACCCGCUUGAAGCAGAAGUUCGAGCGACUCUUGGCUGUACUUCAAGCUUCAAAGACAAAGGAGGAUUCCAGAGGCAAAGGAGACUUGGAAGCACCGGACUGUGGUUAUAGUAGAGGGGAGGUACUGGAUUUUGCAAGGCAGCGCAUCCUCACCCUCGAAGAGGAGAAUAAGCAACUGUCUGAUCAGGUACUGAACUUGGACAGGGGCUUUACGAUUGUUUAA